AUGCCACCAAAGGGUAGCAAGAGGAAGGCAGCAGCACAAAGCGGCGCUGCCAACACCAAGCAGCCUAAGCAGGAUGGACAGAAAGCUGUCUCGAAGGAUAUCUACAUAGCUCUCGAUGAGGGUUUCCAUGGCGGUGGGAAGGUUCAUGUUGCUGACGACGGCACAAUCUUCGAUGCUUCGUUGAACCAAAGCCAAGUGGCCAAGAACAACAAUAAGUUCUAUCGUCUGCAGUUGCUGGAAGACAAGAAGACUUAUCAUGUUCACACGCGUUGGGGCCGUGUCGGCGAGUUUGGGUAA